AUGUCUGGUCGCGGUAAAGGAGGGAAAGGGCUCGGGAAAGGCGGCGCCAAGCGGCACAGGAAGGUGCUCCGUGAUAACAUCCAGGGCAUCACCAAGCCUGCCAUCCGCCGUCUAGCUCGCAGGGGAGGCGUCAAGCGCAUCUCCGGCCUCAUCUAUGAGGAGACUCGCGGGAUGCUUAAAGUCUUCCUGGAGAACGCCAUCCGGGACGCCGUCACCUACACCGAGCACGCCAAGAGGAAGACCGUCACCGCCAUGGACGUGGUCUACGCGCUCAAGCGCCAGGGCCGCACUCUCUCACGCUUCGGGGGUUAA